AUGUGGAUCCCAAUUUGUCAACUUUUAUUAAUUGCUCAAGCUGUUUCAGCAGCUUCUUCAUCAUUUAUUGUUCAAUUACAAGGUGAUAAAUCAUUUGAUGAUUAUCUACAAGAAUCAAUUGCUGAUCUUUUAGGUUUAAAAUCAGAUUCUACUAAGAAUAAGAUCGAGAUUGGUAGUUUCAAAGCUUUUGUUUCUGAUUUUGAAGAUGAUUUAUUAAGUAAAUUAAAAGCUGAUCCUUUUGUUAAUGAUAUUUUCCCAAAUACUGAUAUCACUUUAUUUGCGCCUGUUCCAGAAACUGUUGAGGACGCUACUCCUGGAUCUAAAAAUCCUGUUAAAAGAUCAGUUCUUUCACCAAAUGCACAACGUGACUCAACAUUUGCUAAAAGAGAUGGUGUUACUACUCAAUCAAAUGCUCCAAGACAUUUAGCUAGAUUAUCUUCGCGUGAAGGAAUCUUUAAUAAAGAUGGUCCAUUUGAAUAUAAAUACAGGGAAACUGGUAAAGGUGUUACUGCUUAUGUUCUUGACACAGGUAUUGCUAUUGAUCAAGAUGAUUUUGAAGGUAGAGCAUCUCAUGGUGCAAACUUUGUUAAUGGUGAAUCUGAUGGUGAUAACAAUGGUCAUGGUACAAACGUUGCUGGCAUCGUUGGCUCCAAAACUUAUGGUGUUGCUAAAGAUGUUCAACUUGUUGACAUUAAAGUUCUUGGUUCAAAUGGUCAAGGUUCAUUGGAAUCAAUCUUGAAAGGUAUUGAAUGGGCUAAUAAUGAUCGUAAGUCAAAAAACUUAACAGCUGUUGCUAAUUUAUCACUUGGUUCUCCAAAAUAUGAAGCCUUAAAUCAAGCUGUUGAUGCUGCUUACGAAGAUGGAUUAUCAGUUGUUGUUGCUGUUGGUAAUGCUGAUAAAGAUACUGAAGGGUUUUCACCAGCUACUUCUAAAAAUGCAAUUGCUGUUGGUGCUUUAGAUGAUCAAACUGAUACUAUUGCCUGUUUCUCAAAUUGGGGUUCAAGAGUUGAUAUUUUUGCUUCAGGUGCUGGUGUCGUCUCUGUUAGUAACAAUGGUAAUCCAAAUCUUAACAAAUGGUAUGGUACUUCUCAAGCAUCUCCUAUUGUUGCUGGGUUAGCUGCUACUUUAUUAGAAAAAGGUGUUCCUAAAGAUCAAAUCAAAAAUGAAAUCAUCAAGAUGUCAACUAAAGAUGCGAUCUCUAAGAAAACUUAUGAUGAAAAUUCAAAUUACAAAACUACAGUUAAUAAAGUUGUUUAUAAUGGUAUUGAAAACACUUUUGAUACGAUUAAUGCUUCAUCAACUUUAUCUCAAGACCAAUCAUUGAGAAAGUAUAUCGAAGAAAACUAUUAG